UUUGUCCCACAGGUUGCACUUGACGGUGACAGUAAGGCUGGAGCGGGAAUAGCCGGAGAGCCGAGGCAGGUAAAAGUGUGUAUGUGUGUGUUUGUGCGUGUUUGUAUGAUGAGACAGAAAGGGGUAACGGCGUGAAGAAGAGAGGGAGAGAGGUGAAAGGAGGACAAAGCAGACGAGUGAGAGUUGGAAAAACAGAAGAGAUAACAAAAGGAGGAAAGGAUGUCGGAGCGGGUAGCUUCGUGUGGGAGCCUGUAUGACAGCACCAACCUGCUGCUACAGUACUGCAACAACGAUGACACUGUGUCGGCGAGCAGUAACAUGGACAUGGAGGAUCGGGUGUCUCACUUGGAGCAGAGGCUGCAGUUGCAAGAGGACGAGAUCCAGCUGCUUAAGGCGGCUCUGGCUGAUGCCCUGCGCCGGCUCGGCUAUUGUGAGGAGCAGAGCCAAGGCAAGCAACCAGCAGGCGUUCAUGCUGGGAGGAGAUCUCUGGCCACUACAGCUGCGGCACCACCUACCAAGGUGCGACAGCUCCUGCAGGCUCUUCCCUCCCGACCUCUGAGUAAUGGCUACAUUCAACAGAAACGUCUCCUUUCUUCGCCUUCAUCUCCAAAGAAAGAGGUGCUACAGUCUAUAAAGAGAAAGAGUAUGUCCACAGAGCGUCUCACCCUGGUGAGGAGAGAGAUGGGGGCGGAGAGUCGGAGUCGAACAACAUCCUCCAGCAGCUCCUCUGGUGGCAAAAGCAAAUCCAAAGAAUGCACUUUCAAUGCAGAGGACAGCUACGUGAGGAUGUUCCUCCGCGGCCGUCCCGUCACCAUGCACGUCCCAGACCAGCAGAAGGGGACUUACAGCCUUGACCAGAAGGUGGCGCUGCCUGACCAUAAGCUCAAACUGCAGUGGGUUUAUGGCUACCGUGGUCGUGACUGCCGCUCCAACCUGUACCUGCUUCCCACGGGAGAGAUUGUCUACUUCAAUGCUUCAGUGGUGGUGCUGUACAACACAGAGGAGCAGCAGCAGAGACACUACCUGGGCCACAACGAUGACGUCAAAUGCCUGAGUGUGCAUCCUGACAUGGUUACCAUAGCAACAGGACAAGUGGCUGGAAACUCUAAAGAUGGAAAGCUGCUGGCUCCCCAUGUUCGCGUCUGGGAUUCUGUGAGCCUCAACACGCUCCAUGUGCUUGGAACGGGAGUGUUCGAUAGAGCGGUCACCUGUGUGGCUUUCUCAAAGUCGAAUGGCGGCACCUUCCUUUGCGCUGUGGAUGAUGCCAACGAUCACAUCUUGUCAGUCUGGAACUGGCAGAAAGAGAAGCAGCUGGCUGAAGUCAAGUGCUCCAAUGACUCUGUGCUGGCCGCUGUGUUUCAUCCCAUGGACACCAACCUGAUUGUUACCUGUGGAAAAUCUCACAUCAACUUCUGGACCAUGGAGGGGAACACUCUCACCAAGAGACAGGGCCUGUUUGAGAAACACGAGAAACCAAAGUAUGUGUUGUGUGUGGCAUUCGCUGAGAAUGGAGACGCCAUCACAGGAGACUCCAGUGGGAACCUCUACAUCUGGGCCAAAGGUGGUACCCGCAUCAGCCAGGUGGUGUCAGCGGCGCACGAAGGCGGCAUUUUCUCAGUGUGUGUUCUCAAGGACGGCACCAUGGUGUCUGGAGGGGGGAAAGACCGCAAGGUGGUGCUGUGGGACCACGAUUACAGAAAAAAGGCAACGAUGGAGGUGGGAGAGUCCUUCGGUCCUGUUCGUGCUCUGGCUGAAGGUAAACCCGGAGAACUCUUUGUUGGAACCACCAAGAAUGCAAUCAUCAGAGCUGCCUUCCCUGAUACAUUAACGCCUAUUGUGCAGGGUCACACCGAUGAGCUGUGGGGUCUGGACAUCCAUCCCACCAUGGAGCAGUUUGUUACCUGCUCACAGGACAAACAAGUUCACCUCUGGGAUGCCCACUCCCACCAGCCCCUGUGGAGCAAGACCAUCGAGGAUCCAGGGAGGUCUGCAGGCUUCCAUCCCAGCGGGGCUGUUCUGGCUGUGGGGACCAUGACUGGAAAGUGGUUGGUGCUGGACACUGACACUCGGGAUCUUGUUUCUAUGCACACAGAUGGCAAUGAGAUCAUUUCCAAUGUCAAGUACUCUCCGGACGGUAACUUCCUGGCUGUCGCUUCCCAUGAUAACUUUGUUUACAUCUAUGCUGUAACUGAAAACGGCCGAAAGUACAGCCGUGUGGGGAAAUGCACUGGACACUCCAGCUUUGUUACCCAUGUGGACUGGUCGAAAAACAGCCAGUACCUUGUCACCAACUCAGGAGACUAUGAGAUCCUCUUCUGGGAGGCAUCCAGUGGUAAACAUGUGACCAACAUGGACACAGUGCGCAACCUGGAGUGGGCCACCUCCACCUGCACUCUGAGCUUCAACACGUUUGGAAUCUGGCCAGAUGGAGCAGAUGGCACAGACAUCAAUGCUGCGUGCAGGUCACAUGAUGGAUCCCUGCUGGCCUCUGCUGAUGACUUUGGCAAAGUGCACUUGUUCUCCUUCCCCUGCUCUCAACCAAGGGCUCCAAGUCAAGAAUACGGUGGCCAUAGCAGUCACGUGACCAACGUUGCCUUCCUGCACGAUGACAGUCACCUGAUCUCCACUGGUGGGAAGGACACCAGCAUCCUGCAGUGGGUGGUUGCCUAGGCAAAAUUAUACACCUGCAUCUCUGACUUCCACUGGAAUCCUGUCUGACCCUCGUCACAUCUUCUUCACCUCAUCUUUAUCCUCGGGCUACCACGGGGCAGCAGCUCCUCUGUGCCUACUGGAAUUUAAAAAAGUAAAGAAAAGAAAAAAUGCACCACCGUAACUUGAGAAACCCAGAGAUGUGACACCAAAUGAGUAUCACUGGAAUAGUUUAAAGUGUACUGCUGUUUCUUAUAGACUGUAGAGAAAUUACUUGUUGUAAUGGAGGAAAUUACUAACUUUUACCAUUACAAAAAAUAAAUAAAUAAAUCAACUACUGCAAAUCCACCUCAUCUGACAACACAAUAAAUCUGCAAUUUUUCCAUUAAUACUAACUGGGCCUGAACUUUUUCAACCCUUUAAAGGGAAGUACAUCUGUUCUAAAUUACAAGCCUGUCAGCAAGGUUAAGAUCAUGUAUACUGCAGUUUGUUAACCAUUUUGAAUGCAUGCAACACAAUGAGGGUGAAAGAUACAAUAAGAUUUUAGGGUUUAACAUGAUGGUAUUUUUCAGACGUUGGUUUCCAUAAAGUGUACAUUUCUUCAAACUUGUUUGGGGUGUAUAAACUAACACAAUACAAAAAAAAAGGAGGCGUGACACGUUGAACUGAGGUACUUAGAUAAAUUUUUUCAUAACAAAUUUAAACCAAAUUUUAUUUAGUGCUGUAAAAUAUCCAUGAUUUGUAAUAACAGAAUUAAAACAUGAACCUUUUAGGAGUGCAAGAUCUUUUUUUUCUCCCCCAGGAGUGUGGAGUAGAUCCCUGUGAACAUGCAGUGAUCUUUCCUACACCUGGAAAAUCACAGAUAAAAUUUCAAACUUGUGCAAAGAUUAAGUACAGCAACACAAUGAAGGUGUGAUACUCUAAAACCAUAAAGAGUGAUAAAUAUUGGCCUGCAUUUGAGCAAAUUAAUAUUGCAUUAAAUGGGUGAAAUCUUCCUUUUAAAAUGCUUAUAAUAACCCCUCUGCCUUCUUCUCUUCACUGUUACAUCACUCAGCAUUUCCAUACUCUUAAGGUGCAGAUUGUAAGUAUAGUACAGAUUGCUGUUGGAGAUUGUAAACGGUACAAAGUGUCUGUUUUGUCCCGAGCCUUUUGAUUUCUCCUUCUACUGCUGGGCUGUUGUGUUUCUGAUUGUACUACUACUGUAAAUGUGCUGAGAUGGCACUAGAUGGCGCUACAGCGCAAGAGAAUGAGCAUGACUUGGGCUCCCCUCCUGUAGAUGUUGUCUAAAAGGUCUUUAGAGUAAAUAUAUAUUAUGCAGUAUAUCCGAGUGGCUGUGUUAUUUUAAUAUUUAACUGUAACAACGAUGGAUGUUAGAAUUAUUAUACUCGUGGCACUUUUAGUGAUUGACAGCGAGGUAAUGUAGGCUGCUGUGCCAUGGAAGCUUGGGCUGUGCUUUGCCUUCUUGUUUUGUUAAUAAAGUUUUUACCCAAAUGCA